AGCUGUUUCGGAACGUACUGAGAAAUGCGGUCGAAUUUGAAGUUGAAAAUAAACAAAAAUGUUUUUUGGUAGGGUUAGGUUGUGUAAGAAAUACUUUAGCGCUCGUAAUAUUUGCGUAUUGUCGACGCGAUGGAGUUCCAACAGAAACGUACUGAAGCUAAAAGAUCGAGGGAUGUAUCAGGAUGUGUUUCCUUUAAAUUCCAACCAUGAGAUUGUGGACCUGCUGAAGCGGGGGGACCAGUGCGUGUACGCGGGGUUCGACCCCACGGCGGACAGCCUGCACGUUGGCAACCUGCUCGUGUUGGUGAACCUGCUGCACUGGCAGCGCGCGGGCCACCGCGUCGUGGUGCUGCUCGGCGGGGCGACGGGCCUGAUCGGAGACCCCAGCGGCAGGUCCUCGGCCCGGCCGGCGCUCUCGGAGGAGGAAGUGGAGAGGAACACGCGCGCCAUCAGGGACAACGUGGAGCGGAUAUUCAGCAACCACAGGAGGUUCCUGUGGACGCCGAACGUCGACCUCCCUGAAGUCAGGUUCGUGAACAACCUGGAGUGGUACGGCUCUCUGAGCGCCGUGCGGCUGGUGGCCACGGCCGGCCGGCACGCCCGCAUGGCCGCCAUGCUGUCGCGCCACAGCGUGCAGGCGCGCCUCUCCUCCGAGGCGGGCAUGAGCUUCGCCGAGUUCUGCUACCAGCUGUUCCAGGCCUACGACUGGCUGGAGCUGGCGCGGCGCUGGGGGUGCCGCUUCCAGGUGGGGGGCAGCGACCAGAUGGGCAACAUGGUGUCGGGGCACGACCUGGUCUCCCGCGUCGCCGGCACGCCCGUGUACGCGCUGACGGUGCCGCUGGUCACCACCGAGGCGGGCGACAAGUUCGGCAAGUCGGCGGGCAACGCGGUGUGGCUGGACCCGGGCCGGACGUCGCCCUUCGAGCUGUACCAGUUCCUGGUGCGCGUCAGGGACUCGGACGUGGAGCGGAUGCUGAAGCUCUUCACGUUCAAGCCGCUGGCCAGCGUCGCCGCGCUCAUGGAGUUGCACCAGGCCCAGCCGGAGCAGAGGACCGCCCAGAAGCGACUGGCGGAGCAGGUCACCUUGCUGGUCCACGGAGAGGAGGGGCUGAGGAGCGCGCGGGAGGUGUCGGCCGCCCUGUACGAGGGCAGCCUGGAGGCGCUGGCGCGGCUCAGCACGGCCGCCAUGGGCCAGGUGCUGCGCGGUGCGGAGCUGCGCGAGCUGCCCCUGCGUGCCGGCGCCACCGUGCUGGACGUCGCCAUGCAGGCGCGCUGCUUCCCCUCCGAGGGCGAUGCCAGGAGGAUCAUCGGCGCGGGGGGCUUCUACGUGAACCACCAGCGCGCGUGCAACACGGAGGAGGUGCUGAGCCGUGCUGCGCACGUCCUGCCCAACAACGUGACCCUCCUGCGCGUGGGUAAGAAGAACUACUACAUCGUGAAGUGGCUGACGUGACGACCUUACGUGCAGUCGUACCUAAAUUGUCGGGUUGAAAUUGUUGUAAAUAAAUAAAUAAAAAAACAUUUUUUAAAAA